UUGAUGUUUUCCGGGAUGCCAUCUCCUCUUCUGGUGUGUCCUGGGGAAAUCCCUCUUCCUUCAGGGUGGCUUUGGGGGAAUAUCUCCUAUUUUGAGGUGCUCUGGGGAUGCGUCUCCCCCCUCUUAGGGCGGCUCGGUGGGACCCGUUCCCUCUCCGGGGUGACUUUGGGGGAAGCCCCGUUCUCCCGGGGGGUCUCUGCGUUCCUUUGGGGUCUCCCGGCUCAACCCGCUCCCUCCCUCAGGCUGCUGGAGGCCGACUCCAAGUCGAUGCGUUCCAUGAACGGCUCGCGGAGGAACAGCGGCUCCUCGUUGGUCUCCAGCUCCUCGGCCUCCUCCAACCUCAGCCACCUGGAGGAGGACACCUGGAUCCUCUGGGGCCGCAUCGUCAACGAGUGGGACGAGUGGAGGAAGAAGAAGGAGAAGCUGCUGAAGGAGCUCAUCCGCAAAGGGAUCCCCCACCACUUCCGUGCCAUCGUGUGGCAGCUGCUCUGCAGUGCCACCGACAUGCCCGUCAAAAACCAGUACUCAGAGCUGCUCAAGAUGUCCUCCCCCUGCGAGAAGCUGAUCCGCAGGGACAUCGCCCGCACCUACCCGGAGCACGAGUUCUUCAAGGGACAGGACAGCCUGGGCCAGGAGGUGCUCUUCAACGUCAUGAAGGCCUAUUCGCUGGUGGACCGGGAGGUUGGGUACUGCCAGGGCAGCGCCUUCAUCGUGGGACUGCUGCUGAUGCAGAUGCCUGAGGAAGAGGCCUUCUGUGUGUUUGUGAGGCUGAUGCAGGAGUACCGCCUGCGGGAGCUCUUCAAACCCAGCAUGGCCGAGCUGGGGCUCUGCAUCUACCAGUUUGAGUACAUGCUGCAGGAGCAGCUGCCGGAGCUGAACAUCCACUUCCGCUCGCAGAGCUUCCUCACCUCCAUGUACGCCUCCUCGUGGUUCCUCACCCUCUUCCUCACCACCUUCCCUCUGCCCGUGGCCACGCGUGUCUUCGACAUCUUUAUGUACGAGGGUCUGGAGAUUGUCUUCCGCGUGGGGAUGGCGUUGCUGCAGUUCAACCAGGCUGAGCUCGUCCAGCUGGACAUGGAGGGCAUGUCCCAGUACUUCCAGAAGGUGAUCCCACACCAGUUUGACAGCUGUCCCGACAAGCUCAUCCUCAGGGCCUUCCAGGUCAAGUACAACCCCAAGAAAAUGAAGAGGCUGGAGAAGGAAUACGCCGCCAUCAAGAACAAGGAGAUGGAGGAGCAGAUUGAGAUCAAGCGCCUCCGCACCGAGAACCGCCUGCUGAAGCAGCGCAUCGAAACCCUGGAGAAGGUGAGCCCCACAACUGACCCCCAAAACCCUCCUGGGGGCACCCAAAACCUCCUGGAAUACCCCAAAACCUCCUGAAAUACCCCAAAACCUCCUG